CGGAUCCACUUUCGCCCUUGAUCCCAAGACAAGGAAUUUUAAGUGCCAAUGGUAGCGUGCACGCACACAAAACGGCGACAUGCAUCGCAUGUCCUGAGAUGUGUGGGAUUAUGCUGGGAGCAUAUCUCACAGGCCAUACUUUGCGACGGACAUGAACCAGGUCCUCGACGCUACUCUCUCUCUCCUCAUCUCCAUUCCUCAACCAUAAACCUUUGCGCGAUGGCUUGGAUUCUUUUGAAAUUUGAAAGCAUCGGUGGUCGUAUCAGGUCUUACCCCACCAAAAGGAUGGCAUCGUUGAGGGGAUUAGACCAUUUACACACACAAUCCAGAGCAAACGAGCUCAUUCGCCCACCUAACAAUCGCACGAAACUUUCUAGUAUCAAGCAGCCGACACUAAAAACACUUCGACUCCGGAACUCUGCAGUAAAUGUCGACCCCUACUGCAACCUUCUAGAGACUUGCAUUCGCUCAAAAUCAUCAGUACAAGUCAAGGAGAUCCAUCGCCACAUACUUAGCAACAGUGCUCACACUGCAAACCCAUCUCUCCUUGAAAAGAUUGCCCUUACGUAUGUAUCUUGCAACGAAAUUGAGCAAGCGCGCCUUGUCUUUGAUAAAAUUCCGCAGCCUAGCGUUUUUCUCUGGAAUGUCAUGAUCAGAGCUUACUCUUGGAAUGGUCCAUUUGAUCGAGCCAUCGAUCUUUACUACCGUAUGGUGGUUUCUGGCGUCCAACCGAACAAAUUUACGUUCCCGUUUGUUCUCAAGGCAUGUUCGGGUCUGGCAGCACUAGAUGAAGGCAUUCACAUUCAUAACCAUGCAAGAAGGGUUGGCUUAGAUUCUGAUCUGUUUGUGUGUACUGCUUUAGUAGAUAUGUACAUGAAAUGUGGGUGCUUGGAUAAUGCACAUGAAGUGUUCAACAGAAUGCCCAAAAGAGAUGUCGUUGCAUGGAAUGCAAUGGUCACUGGCUAUGCUCUUCAUGGAAUGUACAAGGAGACGGUUGAUUUUGUCUUAGAAAUGCAAAAAAUGGGUACAAGCCCGACCUCUUCUACCUUGGUAGCAAUUCUUCCUGUGGUUGGACAAGUGCAGUCACUGAAACAGGGGAAAAGCAUUCAUGGGUUCUGUGUAAGGAGGUGCUUUCAUGUGGAAGAUGUUCUGGUGGGUACUGCUUUACUGGAUAUGUAUGCAAAAUGUGAAUACUUGAAUUAUGCUUGGAGAAUUUUUAGGAGCAUGACUGUCAGAAAUGAGGUGACCUGGAGUGCAAUAAUUGGAGGGUAUGUACUGUGUGAUAGGAUGAUAAAGGCCCUGCAGGUAUUCGAUCAGAUGAUGCUUGAGGGAUCUACUAAUGUGUCACCCACCUCUUUCUCAUGUAUUCUUCGGGCUUGUGCAAGUUUGGCUGAUUUGGAUAGGGGAAAAAGGAUACACUGUUAUGUGGCUAAAUUUGGUUAUCUUUCAGACAUGAAUGUUUCAAAUUCUCUUCUCUCCAUGUAUGCUAAGGUUGGAAGUCUGGGUGAUGCAAUGAGUUUUUUCAAUGAAAUGGAUCCAAAAGAUACUGUCUCUUAUAGUGCAGUUAUAUCAGGAUGUGUACAAAAUGGGAAUGCUAAGGAAGCACUUAGUAUAUUCAGAAAGAUGCAACUAUCUAGUACAGAGCCAGACGCUGCAACGAUGGUAGGAGUUCUUCCAGCUUGUUCCCAUUUAGCUGCUCUUCAGCAUGGAAAAUGUGCUCAUGGCUAUGUCACAGUUUAUGGGCUUGCAUCAGAGAUUUCAAUAUGUAAUGCUCUGAUCGACAUGUAUGCAAAGUGUGGGAGAGUUGACCUUUCCAGGAAAGUUUUUGAUAGGAUGUCAAAACAGGACAUAGUGUCAUGGAAUACAAUGAUUGCAGGCUAUGGAAUCCAUGGGUUGGGUAAUGAGGCUAUCUUAUUAUUUUCUACCAUGGUAGGUGAUGGUUUAAUGCCUGAUGACAUCACAUUUAUAUGCCUUAUAUCUGCUUGCAGUCAUUCAGGAUUAGUUACUGAAGGAAAACACUGGUUUCAUGCUAUGAGUCAGAUCUAUGGUAUCACCCCCAGAACGGAACACUACAUCUGUAUGAUUGAUCUUUUGGGUCGUGGUGGAUUUUUGGAUGAAGCCAAUGAUUUGAUCCAGAAGAUGCCAGUUGAACCAGAUGUUCGUGUGUGGGGUGCCUUGCUUGGGGCAUGCCGAGUUCAUGAGAACAUUGAAUUGGGGGAAACGGUCUCAAAGGUUAUACAUAAGUUGGGGCCUGAGGGUACUGGUAACUUUGUUCUAUUGUCUAAUAUGUACAGCGCUGCUAGGAGAUUUGAUGAAGCUGCACAAGUUAGAAACCUGCAGAGGGACAAGGGUUUUAAAAAAAGCCCAGGAUGCAGUUGGAUUGAGAUUAGAGGGACUGUCCAUGCUUUUAUUGGUGGGGAUCAAUCACAUCCACAGUCAUCAAGUGUAUACCAAAAGUUGGAGGAUUUGUUGGUGCAGAUCAAGAAAUUGGGUUACCAAGCCGACACAAGUUUCGUGUUGCAAGAUAUAGAACAAGAGGAGAAGGAGCAUGCUCUUCUAUACCAUAGUGAGAAGCUAGCAAUAGCAUUUGCAGUUCUCAAUCUGAGGUCUAAUGAACCCAUUUUUGUUACUAAAAAUUUGCGUGUUUGUGGAGAUUGCCACACUGCCAUAAAGUAUAUCACCUUGGUCACAAAAAGAGCUAUCACUGUACGGGAUGCUAAUAGGUUUCAUCAUUUCAAGGAUGGAUUGUGCAACUGUGGAGACUUUUGGUGAGUUUGAGUCAAGGAACCAGAUUUGGUGUAGGAAAACAAAUCUAGCAGAUGAACUCUAAUUGGCCACUUAGUAGUCACCUGACUUUCUGUACAAUAGCACAAGAAGAAAGGUUAUUUAUACUGUAAAAAGCACAGAGUUACCAUAAACUGUUGCUGUUUCUUUCUUUCACAAGCUAUACCAGCUUUUCUUCAUUUUACACAGUACAUAUUUUCCUACUAAUUUGGGAUGAAAUGUAUAUUGAUUUGCAGUUUCACUUUU